AUGCUGGUGAUCCUGCUGAACUGUGUCACCCUGGGGAUGUUCCAACCCUGUGAGGACCACACCUGUGAGUCAGAACGAUGCAAGAUCCUGGAGGAUUUUGAUGACUUUAUCUUUGCGUUCUUUGCGGUGGAGAUGGUCAUCAAGAUGGUGGCGCUGGGCAUCUUCGGCAAGAAGUGUUAUCUAGGAGACACCUGGAACAGACUCGACUUCUUCAUCGUGCUGGCCGGGAUGCUGGAGUAUUCUCUGAACCUGCAGAAUGUCAGUUUCUCGGCAGUGAGAACAGUUCGAGUUCUGAGACCCCUCCGAGCCAUCAACAGAGUGCCUAGUAUGCGUAUCCUGGUGACCCUGCUCUUGGACACCCUGCCCAUGCUGGGGAACGUCCUGCUGCUCUGUUUCUUCGUCUUCUUCAUCUUCGGCAUCGUGGGUGUUCAGCUGUGGGCGGGGCUACUGAGGAACCGCUGCUUCCUGCCCGAGAACUUCUCACUUCCUCUGUCCAUUGAACUAGAGACCUACUACCACACAGAGAACGAUGACGAGAGUCCCUUCAUCUGCUCCAUGCCCAGGGAGAACGGAAUGCGCCUGUGUUCCUCUGUGCCCACCCUGUAUGAGGAGGGAGGUCUCCAGUGUCAGAUGGACAUGAAGUCCUACAACAGCACAGACAACACCACCUGUAUCAACUGGAACCAGUACUACAGUAACUGCUCGGCGGGACACGUCAACCCCUUCAAAGGAGCCAUCAACUUUGAUAACAUCUGCUACGCCUGGAUCGCCAUCUUUCAGGUGAUCACUCUGGAGGGAUGGGUGGACAUCAUGUACUUUGUGAUGGAUUCUCACUCCUUCUACAACUUCAUCUACUUCAUCCUCCUCAUCAUCAUUGGAUCUUUCUUCAUGAUCAACCUGUGUCUGGUCGUCAUCGCCACCCAGUUCAGUGAGACCAAGCAGAGGGAGAGCCAGCUGAUGAGGGAACAGCGCAUCCGUUUCCUGUCCAAUGCUAGUACCCUGGCCUCCUUCUCUGAGCCGGGCUCCUGCUACGAUGAGCUGCUCAAACUCCUGGUCCACGUCAUCCACAAGGGGUUCAGGCAGGUGGCCCAUGUCUGCCGGGCCAUGAUGCGCCGUGCGGGGAUGAACAUUGCAGCCUCUCCUCCUGCCCUGGAGAGAGAGAGGGAACGGGGGAGCCAGAGAAAGAGGAGGAAGACUUCGAGACAGGGCUCUGUGGUCUCCACAAAGGGGGCUAUGUCCGUUCAUUACUUGGUUCACCAACAUCACCAUCAUCAUUAUCACUAUCACUUAGUGAACGGGAGUGUGAGAGGAAGACUAGGGGGGAGAGGGGUGGCGGAGGUCGGGGGAGGAGGGGGAGAAGUGGAGAGGGGUUCCCAUAGCAACAACGUGGGUACUGGACGUCUCAUGUUGGGUCCUCUUCCGUUGCCGACCUCUGACCAGAACUUGGCAAACCCGGUGUCACCGGCCAAUCCCGCUCUGGGAACCGGCAGUGGCAACUCGUCAUCAGUGCGGAGUACGUUACACACAGACUGUCACCUGGAGCCCAGCACCCCCACACUCCUCGCCCCCACCCCCUUCUCCCUGGCCCCUACGCCCCUGUCCAGGCCUAUGAAGAGGAACUCGGUGCCGUUCGCCGGUCCCAGACCUAAAAACUACCCCACCCUACAGCCCAGCACGCUAAUGGAGUUUAGAAGUGGCAGUGUUACAACUAAUACCAUGAGUAAUAUAAACCUCAAUAUGCCCUCUCUACCCCUGGAGAGAGGACCACCAAGUGUGUUAGACACACACACACCCACAGCCCAGCUCUCACCACAUGACCCGAGUGCCAUCGGAACCCUGGACCCCUCGUUCACCUUUGACCCUGAGUCGUGCCCCUACUGUGUCAAGGCUCUGUCCGGGGAGUCAGAAGGCACAGACGGAAACGAGACCCCGGGGGAAUCAGACAGCGAGGGCGUCUACGAGUUCACCCAGGACCUCCACCACAGGGACCGCAGGGACCGUCGGGACAGCCGCCAGCCCAGGAAGAGGCAGCGAAAGCUGGGUACCACGGUUAGGAGAGUGGUCCGGGCCUGGAGGCUGGUGUGUGAUACAUUUAGGAAGAUAGUGGACAGCAAGUAUUUUGGAAGAGGAAUCAUGAUCGCCAUUCUGAUUAAUACAAUGAGUAUGGGGAUUGAGUAUCAUGAACAGCCUGAUGAGCUGACCAAUGCUUUGGAGAUCAGUAACAUAGUGUUCACCAGUCUAUUUGCCUUGGAGAUGUUACUCAAGGUGCUGGUGUAUGGCCCGUUUGGUUACAUCAAAAACCCUUACAACAUAUUCGACGGAGUCAUAGUGGUCAUCAGUGUAUGGGAGAUCGUGGGCCAGCAGGGCGGUGGUCUGUCUGUGUUGCGUACCUUCAGACUGAUGCGCGUGUUGAAGCUGGUGCGCUUCAUGCCUGCUCUGCAGAGGCAGCUGGUGGUGCUGAUGAAGACCAUGGACAACGUGGCCACCUUCUGUAUGCUACUCAUGCUCUUCAUCUUCAUCUUCAGUAUACUGGGCAUGCAUCUGUUUGGCUGUAAGUUUGGAUCAGAGAGAGAUGGAGACACUCUACCAGAUAGGAAGAACUUUGACACUCUGCUCUGGGCCAUCGUCACCGUGUUUCAGAUCCUAACUCAGGAGGACUGGAACAAGGUUCUCUAUAAUGGUAUGGCCUCCACCACUCCUGUGGCCGCUCUCUACUUCAUCGCCCUCAUGACCUUUGGGAACUACGUCCUCUUCAACCUUCUGGUGGCCAUUUUGGUCGAGGGCUUCCAGACUGAGGGAGAAGACUCCAAGUCAGUGUCAGAGGCUGAUUUAUCAUCGAGGAGUAUGGAGGACAUGAACAGCAGUGGAAAGGAUGCGUCUGGCUCCCCGGUCCCUAUAAAUGGUCAUGUUGACCUGAAGACCAGUCUGACCCCUCCUCUGAUCACCCACACUGCUGCCACCCCCAUGCCCGUUCCCAAGCUGCCCGCCGUGGUUGACCCUGCUCUGGGCUAUGAGUCCCAACGCGGCAGCAACGUCUCCAUGGACCGAGCCUGCUACGACAAGUCUCCGACCAGUGCCCGUAGCACCUCCCCUUACGCCCCGUGGAGCUCCGCCUCUGGCUGGACCAGCCGUAGAUCAAGCUGGAACAGCGUAGGCCGUGCUCCUUCGCUCAAACGAACAAAGCGUCAGUCUGGUGAACGACGGUCGCUCCUCUCCGGAGAGGGUGGGUCCAGUUCGGAGGAUGAUGAGGGGGGAGGAGGGGGGACAUCGGAGGGAGAUGAUGUGUCCCUGUGUCGUAUCGACUCCAUGUCCCAGUCCCAACACCAACACAGGAGGAUGGAGUCUGCGGAGACCAGGGGGUCCAUAGACCUGGCCCCUGACAUACUGCUACAGGUGCCCUUCCUGUAUCGCUCAGCCAGUAUACACAGCUCCAGACCCCCCUCUCUAGGAGGCCUGAGAGCCCCAGAACGCAGUGACUGUAACGGGAAAGGCACUCCGGCCCCUGGGGGGGCCCUGGCCCAGACACAGCUCUCCCUCGAGGACAACACAGAGGACGAAGCGGUAGAGGAGGAGGUUGUGGGUCGUGUCGCCAGGCUGUCACGCUGGCUGGAGAGGAAACAGCCAGAGUGGUGUCGAAAAAGAGAUACCUGGUCCCUUUACAUAUUGUCCCCAGACUCCAGGUUUCGAAUGGCGUGCAACAAGAUAAUAUCCCACAAGAUGUUUGACCACAUCGUUCUGGUCAUCAUCUUCCUCAACUGCAUCACCAUCGCCAUGGAGAGGCCUAGAAUAGAGGCAUAUAGCGUGGAGCGCAUCUUCCUCACGUUAUCCAACUACAUAUUCACAGCGAUCUUUGUGGCAGAGAUGACAGUAAAGGUGGCUGCGCUGGGCUGGUUGUUUGGUGAUAAGGCCUACCUGAGGAGUAGCUGGAACCUUCUAGAUGGGUUGCUGGUGAUGAUCUCAGCCAUAGACAUCCUUGUCUCAUUGGUGUCCAACAGCAGCCCCAAGAUACUGGGUAUGCUCCGGGUGCUGCGCCUGCUACGGACACUCAGGCCACUACGUGUGAUCAGCAGGGCCCCAGGUCUGAAGCUGGUAGUGGAGACUCUGAUGUCGUCUCUAAAGCCCAUAGGGAACAUUGUGGUCAUCUGCUGUGCCUUCUUCAUCAUCUUUGGUAUCCUGGGAGUACAGCUCUUCAAGGGGAAGUUCUUUGCGUGUCAGGGGGAGGAUGUGAGAAACGUCACUAACAAGUCAGACUGUAUGAUGGCCAACUACAAGUGGGUCAGACAGCAGUACAACUUUGACAACCUGGCACAGGCUCUGAUGUCUCUGUUCGUGCUGGCCUCUAAGGAUGGUUGGGUUGAUAUCAUGUAUGAUGGAUUAGAUGCAGUGGGUGUCAACCAACAGCCGCAGCUGAACCACAACCCCUGGAUGCUCCUCUACUUCAUCUCCUUCCUGCUCAUCGUCAGCUUCUUCGUGCUCAACAUGUUUGUGGGCGUGGUGGUGGAGAACUUCCACAAGUGUCGUCGCAGCCAGGAGGCCGAGGAGGCCAAGCGCAGGGAGGAGAAGAGACAGAAACGGAUGGAGAAAAAGAGACGGAAAGCUCAGAGUAAGCCUUACUACUCGGAUUACUCCCCCACACGUCUCCUCAUCCACAACAUGUGUACCUCCCAGUAUCUGGAUCUCUUCAUUACCGUCGUCAUCGGACUCAACGUCAUCACUAUGGCGAUGGAACACUACCAGCAGCCCAAGGAGUUGGACGAGGCGCUGAAGAUCUGCAACUACAUCUUCACCCUCAUCUUCGUCCUGGAGUCUGUCUUCAAGCUGGUGGCCUUCGGCUUACGACGCUUCUUCAAGGACAGGUGGAACCAGCUGGAUCUGGCCAUAGUGUUGCUGUCCAUCAUGGGCAUCACUCUGGAGGAGAUUGAGGUCAACGCAUCCCUGCCCAUCAACCCUACUAUCAUCAGGAUCAUGAGAGUACUGAGGAUAGCAAGAGUGCUGAAGCUACUGAAGAUGGCAGUGGGGAUGAGAGCGUUGCUGGACACGGUCAUGCAGGCCCUGCCUCAGGUGGGGAAUCUGGGUCUUCUCUUCAUGCUGCUCUUCUUUAUCUUUGCAGCACUGGGAGUUGAAUUGUUUGGUGACCUCAUUUGUGAUGAGCUGCACCCGUGUGAGGGUUUGGGGCGCUAUGCUACGUUCAAGAACUUUGGCAUGGCCUUCCUACUGCUGUUCAGAGUUUCCACAGGAGACAACUGGAACGGCAUUAUGAAGGACACCCUGAGAGACUGUCAACAGGAGAAUGCAGGCACCUGUUACAACACGGUGGUCUCCCCCAUCUACUUCGUCUCCUUUGUGUUGACAGCCCAGUUUGUCCUGGUCAACGUGGUCAUAGCCGUCCUCAUGAAGCACCUGGAGGAGAGCAACAAAGAGGCCAAGGAGGAGGCAGAGCUGGAGGCUGAACUACAGCUGGAGCUCCAGCAUGGAGGAGGGGGAGGCAGUGGGAGAUCACCCCAGCUAAGCCACCUGGACUUGGGCAUGGAGGUGGGCGGACCUGGUGUCCCCCCCUGGAGGUCUCCAGAGAGGAUCCAGAGGAGUGCCAGCGUGAUGGUGGAUUCUCCCCAAGCAGAUAUCACCUCAAGAGACAUCAGCUCAGGUCCCCUGCUAGUCCUGGAGACACCACUAGAGAUGGAGUUACUCGAUCCUGGGGAGUCGUUGGAGGACAACCUGCUAAGAGUACGGAAGUCAAUGGUGGGCCGCACCCACUCCCUACCCAAUGACAGCUAUAUGUUCCUGUCUCUGAAGCCCUUUGGGUCCCCAGGAGCCAGCCUGGCCCCUGGUUUAGCCUCACAGACACAGACUACAGGACCACAGCACAUACAGACCAUCAACAAGGCCCUGUCAGGCUCAUGUACCUCGCUACGGACCCAACCAGACGACAGACCCAGCAGUCCUCACAGCCUUUCACACUCCCAGAGUAUACACACACUCCCAGAGUAUACACACACUCCCAGAGUAUACACAAACUCAGCCUUUCACACUCCCAGAGUAUACACACACUCCCAGAGUAUACACAAACUCAGCCUUUCACACUCCCAGAGUAUACACACACUCCCAGAGUAUACACACACUCCCAGAGGAUACACACACUCAGCCGCACGCUCCGCAGACAGGUAUCUAAUGACUCAAAGGAGGUCCUGUGUUCUGAUGGAGGUGAGGAGGUAGUCCUCCAUGUUGCUUCCCUCUCCUCCUCAUCUUCCUUGCCCUCCCAUCUUCAUCAGCAGCCUGCUCUCCAGUUGGUCCCUACCACCC